AUGCCGUCAUCGGCGCCUCUGCGGCCUAAGGCCCCCAACGCCCACAAGCCUGAGGUUCCCAUCAGCUAUGAUAUCAACCUCCCCUACGUGGACGUCAACAAGCAGAGCUCCUCCCCCUACCCGCAGUAUCUGCCGUCGUGGGAGCCCGUGUGGUUUGAUCCGCUACCACCUUUUAAAUAUGAGGACCCGGCAUUGCGCGUCAAAGACCGCAGCAAGCCAAACCUGCUGGGCCCGGGAUCCAAAGUGCAGCACAUCCAGCCCAGCCUGGGCAGCGUGGUCAAAGGCGUGCAACUGAACAAGCUCUCCGACACGGCCAAAGAUGAGCUGGCCCUGCUGAUUGCCGAGCGCAAAGUCGUCGCGUUCCCCGACCAGGACCUGAUCGAUGCCGGCCCCGACGAGCAGGAGCAAUUCAUGCGCCAUUUCGGUAAGCCCAACUACCAGCCCAUCUCCGGCAGCAUGCCCGGCCACCCGGCGUUCCAUAUCAUCCACCGCGACGGCAACCGCGACGAAAUCGCCCGGUUUUUGUCGCAGCGCACUACCACCACGCUGUGGCACCAGGACGUCAGCUACGAGAUCCAGCCGCCGGGGUAUGUGAUGCUCGGCCUGCUGCAGGGCCCCGAGGUUGGCGGCGACACCGUUUUCGCCGCCACUGAUCUCGCCUACAAGCGGCUGUCGCCCACCCUGACCUCGUUCCUGGACUCGCUGAAGGUCGUGCACUCGUCCGCCAAUAUGAUCAACCAUGCCCGUCUGACCGGCGGGCUGGUCCGCAAGGACCCCGUCGACACCGUCCACCCGCUCGUCCGCGUGCACCCCGUCACCGGCGAGAAGUGUCUCUUCAUUAAUGGCGAGUUCAUCACCCGCAUCGAGGGCCUCAAGGAGCCCGAGACACGCUGGUUGCGGGAUUUCCUGAUGCAGCAUAUCGUGGGGGGCAUGACUUCCAGGCCCGCGUGCGCUGGCAGCCGCGCACUAUUGUCAUGUUUGACAACCGUUCCACACUUCGUAUGUAUUCCUUCUUCUCUUUCUCUUUCCUUUCCCUCUCUUCCAGCGCUCAUGCUAACCCACUAUGUAGAUUCCGCCAUCGUCGACUACAUCGACGAGGAAUAUGGCGCCAAAGCCCGCCACAUCUUCCGCCUCAUCGCCCUCGGCGAGAAGCCCAUCCCCGUGUACGAUGAAUUUGAAUAG